AUGGAUAACAGCAACAGCCAAUCGCACAACGAGCAGCUGGCCUUGCAUGUGGAGCACACGUGGCCAAAUCGCUUCCCCGUCUUCUGCGGCGUCUUGCGACGCCACCCGCUGCCCAUCACAUGCGGUGCGGCGGCUACAGCGCUGCAGGGCAGCUGCACCGAUGCGGUACUGGCGGUUGACGCAUACUUAUCGGGUAAAAAUCGCGGCGGCCAACCACCACCGCUGGAGGACGGAGAAAUCCAGUUGUUUCCGCGACUCGAGUUGCCCAGGCGAGAUCACGGAGUGACGAUGGCUGUGUCGCCCUUCCGCUGUUUCAAAAUGCGGCGCGUGGAGGCGGGCACCUCGCUGCUCUGGAGGGCGGAGUCAACGGGCAGCGCCAGCGACGAUGCCGACAUUCUCCUCACGCUGUUAGACUCUUCACAUCAGAAGCGCGUGAAUGGCCACGCGCGUCGCGCAUCGCCGCCAGUCACUCGCCGUGCUGAAGAUGAUCGCCCAGUCGAGGAGAGACUGGGCAUGAAGGAGCUGCGGGUGAGGUGCGCCUCAAUGGGUCUCUUAACGAAUGGCACCAAAAAGGACCUUAUCGCCAGGCUGCGCCAACACAAUUCUUUGCAGCCAUCGGGGCCUCCGUCGGAGUUGCUGCGGACAGGUGAGCAACCCCAACAAGAGCAGCAGCAGCGGCAGCAGAAGCAGAAGCAGCAGACAAGUGGAAUGAUGAUUGGGGAUGCUCUCAGCGCCGCCACUAAGCGCUACGGGUUGACAAAUGAGGAGCAGUUUGAAUACUCUCAGCGCUUGCGCACGCCAUUCCGCUCACCAUCUGCCACCAGUCAGUCGCCCUCGCCACCUCCAGCAGAGCAGCAGCAACAACAACCCCCGCGCAGACUAUUGGGUACUCCGCAGGAGUUUGUUGAUGCACUGGUGCAGCGCAACAAGCGUGGCGGUCGUACCGCACGAGCCGCUGCUUUCGCUUCAGCAACAAACGACACCACGUGCUCCUCGUGGCGGCUCCUCGUUGAUAACCGCGAGCGCAUUCGUGGUACCCACGACCACGUCAUCGAGGCAUUCACAGCAGCUGGUGUGCCCACCGUGUCGUGUGCGCUGCCCUGUGGCGACUUCAUGAUCGGUAUCGACGCACCUUGUGGCACAAGCGUUCAACCGAUGGGUGGAGAAGGCAGCAACUCCUUUAGCGCGAGCUCUAUCUUUGCAGAAGGUUCAGGCGGGCAGGCGCAGCGCAUCUUCUCUGUCGUGGUGGAGCGCAAAACAGUGAAGGACCUGUGCGCGAGCAUUGCGACUCCACGCUACUAUGAGCAGCGUCGCCUACUCUCCGCUUCCCCAUUUCGCUCUGUGGUGUGGGUGGUGGAGGGCACCACACAGCAGCUGCGUCCGGAAGAGCACCGCCGCGUGCUUUCGGCGUGCGCGUCCCUCGCCGCUGUGCCACGCUUCUGCGUCGUGCGAACACGUCAUCUCGCGGAAACGAUCGUGUGGCUACGAAGUCUCGCCGCCGCCUACGUCACGGCACUGACGCCAACCACGGUGGGAAUCGGCAAACGACCAUUGCUCGCGGACAGCACGGCUUGUAUGCGUCACGUGGCGGAACUGCGACGGGAACUUCGGGCUCGCACCACCUUCCCACGCGUACUGAUGUGUAUCCGCGGCUGCUCAUCAGGGCUUGCGGUGCAGCUUGCCCGCAAGUACGGCUCUCUUCUCAAUCUCUGGAGGCGUCUGAAGAAUCAGGGCCGAGAAGCCUGCGACGCAGACAUGGACAUACGUCGCCUAACAACUACACAGAGGGAUGUGUACGUCCGCCUCACAGAAUUACUGCUGGCGGAGGAAUAUUAUUAA